AUGCCAAACUCCACACAAAAAAAAGUGGUAUUAGUUACCGGAGCCUCGUCUGGAAUUGGCUAUGCAACUUCAAUUGAGUUUGCAAAAAGGGGAUACAAGGUUUAUGCUGGUGCAAGAAGACUUGAAGCUAUGGAGCCAUUGAAGAAAUAUGGGAUCAUCCCUGUCAAGCUUGAUGUGUCUUCCUUAGAUAGUGUAAAGGAGAUAAAGGUAUUAUUGCAGCGUGAGAACGAUGGAAAACUUGACUACUUGUUCAACAAUGCCGGCCAGCUGUGUACGUUUCCCGCAAUUGACACUACUGAUGAAUGGUUCAAACAGUGCUAUGAGGUCAAUGUUUUUGGCCCCAUGCGUUUGACCAGAGAAUUAGCCCCCUUGCUCAUCAACGCAAAGGGAACCGUCGGAUUCACUGGGUCUCUUAGUGGCCUUGCCCCAUUCCCUUUUUCGUGUACUUACUCUUCUACUAAAGCAGCUAUACAUGCUUAUGCUGGUACACUUCGUCUUGAGAUGAAACCUUUUGACGUCAAAGUACUCAAUUUUGUUACUGGUGGUGUCAAGACCGAAAUUGCCGACACAAGACCGUUGCCAGAGUCUUCUCUUUUUAAUGUACCUGAAAUGAAAGAAGCCCUCGUUGAAAGACAGCAAAUGGCUGCCAGAAACAAUCCUAUGCCAGCAGAGAAGUAUGCUUACAAAGUGGUCAAUGAUUUCGAAUCUCUGAGCAUCAAUGGUUCCUUGAACAAAUAUCGCGGCACUAGUGCUAGUUUUCUUCAUUGGGUAUUCUUGCUCAUGCCUCGAUACCUCAUCGAGUUGGCGUUUAUCAGAAAAUUCAAACUUGCUGGUGUGUUCAAGUCUAUGAGAGAAAAGUAUGCCAAGAAGAAAUUGGACUAA